AUGGCGCUGAACUUGGAGAAGCAGUUGCUCUUUUAUGGAGCUUACCACAGCAACCCGGUGAAUGUGGCCAUUCACAUUACCUGCGUGCCGAUUCUGCUGUUCACUGGAAUUGCUCUGGGCUGCAACAGUCCACCGCUAUUCAGUGUCCCCGAUGUCCUGAGCGUCGAAUACCUCCCUCCGAAUCUCGGUACUAUCGCCGCAUUCAUUUACUCGAUAUUUUAUGUCCUUCUCGAACCGGUCGCAGGUGGCUUGAUUGCACCGCUGGUGAUCGGCUCCGCGGCAUGCGGCAACUAUCUUCUCGGAACCUACGGGGUGAUUGUGAACUAUUACGCGGUCGGAAUUCACGUCGUAUCAUGGGUGGCACAGUUUGUGGGACACGGUAAGUUCGAGGGACGGGCUCCUGCGUUGUUGGACAACUUGGUCCAGGCACUGUUGCUGGCGCCACUGUUUGUCUGGAUGGAGAUUCUGUUUUUCUUCGGAUACCGGCGAGAGCUGAAGCAGCGGAUGGACAAGAGUGUGGAAACGGAGAUUGAAAAGUUCCGCAAGGAGAAAGAGCAGAAGAAAGGCAAGGAUGCCAAGUGA